AUGCAGUGUGCCGCCGUCUGCUCUCCGGCCCACCCCACCAGCCUUGGCAGUGUCCUCCUCCGGCUCGUCACCUCUCCUUCCUUCUGCCCGAAAACUCCAGCCUGGAGAACACUUGCAUUGAUUCAGCAGCUUAAAGAGAGUUCCCUUCUGUUCUCUGGCUACAUCCUGCGGUCUACAGCCACUGCCUCCGUGCCUGAACCUCCUGCCCCGUCCAAACCGCCACGGUGGCUCUACCCAAAGCACUCCACCAGGAUCGUCCCUCCCAAGGUCACCAGAGAACCUGAUAGUGACCAAAACUGGCAUCCUUUUCUUUUUUUCCACCUUGCUGGAACCUGGCUGCCCUGCUCCCGCUGA